UUUUAAGGGUGGAUUUUUCUUUCUAAACUAGAGGCUAUUGUUGUUGGGGUCACAAUUAGUUCACUUCCUGAUGCAUCUUCAAUGUUUGUUGAUUUGUCAUAGAGUAUUGACAUCCUGCUGCUACCUGUAGCUAUUUCCUAAGGUGUAUUUUGCACAGCAAGGAAGUUCCUUCCUCGGCUCGCUUCUGUUUUUCAGUGAGCAUAGUGUUAGAGAUGUGUUUUAAUAUUGCGAUAGGACAUGACUUCAGAUACCUCAACACAUUGCCAUAGUAUAUCUGCUAUGGUUUCCCAGAUGGACCCAAAUAUGUUAAACAUGAACUGUGACACCUUUUAACAUUGCCACAGCAGAAUUGCUGUAUUUGGAUUUCUCUAGAACUUAUGACAAACAACACAGACACUAUUGGGGUGUUUAGGCGUCACAUUGUAAUCAACCACACAGCAAAUUGUGGAGCACGCACAUGUUGUAAAAGAAGCGGUCCCAAGAAGUGUAAUGUACUAAUGGAAAUCAGUGAAAUAUACAGUGUCUGAAUGUAUUUCAAAGGUCAGUUUUGACUUGUUCUUCCUAUAAGACCAACGAUGUUGAUAGUAGGAGACCUACAUUUUAGAGUCCGGUAGUCGGUGUGAUUUAACACCUCACAUUACACACCAGAAAAAAGGAAAGAUGUUUCAUACAAACAAUUGUGUAACUCAUUACGAUUGUCAACUUCAACACACAGCACAGUAGAUAGAAGCGUGUUGUUUGUGUAGAUCACGAACUACUAAUAUAGAAAACGGAUUUAAUGAACCAGUUCUCCUGGGGUUCCGAGCCUCGUAGCUCCGCCCACUGACAGUUCACGUGACCGACCGUCGCCCUGGUUGUGUCGAAAGCAUCCUGGUGUUAGCAGUUAACUAGCUCGCCGCUGACAAAAACAUUAUUCAGUGAGGUGUGAAUAUUAUUUAUAUAACGGGCGAAUAUUAACGUGGCUCUAGGGAGGACAAAGGGGACAAGGAACUACCCCAAACUGGCUUUAACCCCCCUCACCCCCCCACAAGGUUGGACAGCCGCUAUCGGAAGAGGCCAGUCAACACUGCUAACUAAACAGCUAGCUAGCUAACGUCCCAACUUUGAGGGGCACCAUCAGCAACUCGUUAGCUCGCUGCUAGUUUGCCAGCUAGCCGGGACCUGUACCGUGUUAUUGUAGCAAGUAUGCUAACUAGCGAGCGUCGUGUGUAUCGGCGCGCCGUCCAGUGACGCGUUAUCUUGACCACUCGUUCGCGUAAAGGCAGCGUUUACGCCAUUACUAAGCAGCGGGAGCUAACUUGUGAAUAAUGACAGCCAUUAAGCAGCCGGUGCUAACGUUAGCCACUUGGACUCCUCUGUGACCGAGAUGAAUACAGUUGGUCGAAAGCCUCAACGUUGCUGAUCGUCUCUCUCAUCGCUUACGUCGAUAGUAAAAUACAGUGACCAGCGCGCGCCUGUGUGAUCCGAUCGAUAUCGGCCAAUCACUUGAGAUAAAUGAUGCGAAACGUCAGGAUGUCAAACGUGUGGGGAUUAACGUCGGGGCAGCAGUAUUGUGUCGGAAACACAGCUGUCCGCUCCUUUCGGUAAUCCUUGUGUUCCCCAUAAUGCAGACACAGUAGACGCGUGUGAUUGCUGAACGUGUAGGUUAACGUCCUGUGUGUGUGUACCAAGACAUCUGACUACCGAGUUCCCUUUAGCCAGUCUGCAUAAGAGGCACUGUGUUCUUCUUGAAAUGAUGCCGGGGGACGCGUCCGAUAGUAGCGAGGACUCCGAUGCCCAAACAAAUGAACGAGCCUGUACGGUCAAGCAUCAGAUCACCAAUGCUAACCUCACGGGUCACACUGAGAGGGUCGGUAUUGAGAACUUUGAGCUGCUCAAAGUCUUGGGCACUGGAGCUUAUGGUAAAGUGUUUUUGGUCAGGAAGAAUACCGGUCACGAUGUGGGCCAGCUCUAUGCUAUGAAGGUCUUAAAGAAAGCCGCGAUUGUUCAAAAGGCAAAGACAACAGAGCACACUCGCACUGAGAGGCAGGUGCUGGAGCACAUCCGCCAGUCCCCCUUCCUGGUCACGCUCCACUACGCCUUCCAGACGCAGAGCAAACUGCAUCUCAUCCUGGACUAUGUGAGCGGCGGGGAGAUGUUCACUCAUUUGUACCAGCGGGAUCACUUCCCUGAGGAGGCGGCGCAGAUUUAUAUCGGGGAAAUAAUCCUGGCUCUGGAGCACCUGCACAAGCUUGGGAUCGUGUACCGAGACAUCAAAUUGGAAAACAUCCUUCUAGACAGUGAAGGCCAUGUAGUAUUGACAGAUUUCGGGCUCAGCAAGGAGUUUCUGCAGGAAGAGAAGGAAAGGACCUACUCUUUCUGUGGCACCAUUGAGUACAUGGCACCUGAAAUCAUCAGGGGGAAAUCUGGCCACGGCAAGUCGGUAGAUUGGUGGAGCCUUGGGAUCCUGAUGUUUGAGCUUCUGACGGGUGCUUCUCCUUUUACCUUGGAGGGGGAGAGGAACUCCCAGAGUGAGGUGUCAAAACGUAUUCUGCGCUGUGAUCCCCCGUUCCCUUCCAUGAUUGGACCCACUGCUCAGGACCUGCUGAGGAAGCUGUUGGUGAAAGAUCCCCACCGGAGGCUGGGCUCUGGACCACGGGGAUCCGAAGACAUCAAAGCACACACCUUCUUCAAGGGCCUGAACUGGGCUGACCUCGCACAGAAGAAGGUGCCAAGUCCUUUCAAGCCAGAGCUGAAGAGUGAACUGGACGUGGGAAACUUCGCUGAGGAAUUCACUGGGAUGGAUCCCGUCUACUCUCCGGCGGGCACACCGUCAAGCACUGACCGCCUGUUCCAGGGUUACUCCUUUGUUGCUCCCUCCAUCCUGUUCAACAAGAACGUGGUCAUGGGAGACUUCGUUCAAUCCCAUAUCGGUGCUGAUCGUCCGGCUUCAGCCUCGGUCCAACGAAGUGCAAUAUUAGAGGAAUCCCAGUUCUUUCAGCACUACGAGCUGUGUCUUCACGGGCCCCCCCUGGGGGAGGGCAGCUUCUCCGUGUGCAGGAAAUGCCGACACAAGCAAAGUGGUCAAGAGUAUGCCGUCAAGAUCGUCAGCCGCAGAAUGGAGGCCAACACCCAGAGGGAGGUUGCUGCUUUGAAGCAAUGCGAGACUCACCCAAACAUCGUGAAGCUGCAUGGAGUCUAUACGGAUCAGUUUCACACGUAUUUAGUGAUGGAGCUCCUGCGAGGCGGGGAGUUGCUGGAAAGGAUAAAGAGGAAGAAACUCUUCGGGGAGGCGGAGGCCAGUCAGCUGUUACAGAGCCUGGUCUCUGCAGUCGGCUUCAUGCACGAGGCUGGAGUUGUGCACAGAGACCUCAAACCUGAGAAUGUGCUGUUUGCAGAUGAGGCGGAGGACUCCAUGCUGAAAGUAAUAGAUUUUGGAUUUGCCCGCCUGUGCCCUGCAGGCAGCGCCCCCCUGCAGACUCCCUGCUUCACGCUGCAGUACGCUGCACCUGAACUAUUUGAGAGUGCAGGAUACGACAAAGCCUGCGACCUCUGGAGUCUCGGGGUCAUCCUGUACACCAUGCUGUCAGGCCAGGUGCCAUUUCAGAGUGAGCAGCGGGGGAUGACCUCAUCAUAUGCUGCCGACAUCAUGCAAAAGAUUAAAGAGGGCGAUUUCUCAUUGGACGGGGAGGCCUGGAAGGGCGUGUCGGAGGAUGCCAAAGAGCUUGUUAAAGGCCUACUGACCGUGGACCCAGAGACACGUCUCAAACUCUCUGAUCUGAAAGAGAACAGCUGGCUGCAGGGCGGAGCAUCCAUGUCCACCACUCCUCUGUGCACUCCAGAUGUGCUCGAGUCCAGUGGGCCGACGGUCCGCACCUACGUCAAUGCCACCUACAAGGCUUUCAACCUUGGUAAGAGAGAGGGCUUCUUUCUGAAAAGUGUCGACAAUGCUCCCCUUGCAAAACGCAGAAAGCUGAAGAUGACAAGCACAGGCGUUGAGACCCGAUGGAGUUCAUCCUCUUCCUCCUCCUCCUCCUCCACUUCGUCAUCUGCCUCUGCAACAGCAUCCAAAACGCAGCCAAAGCAGACUGGGACCCCAAAGCAGACUGGGACCCCAAAGCAGACUGGGACCCCAAAGCAGACUGGGACCCCAAAGCAGACUGGGACCCCAAAGCAGACUGGGACCCCAAAGCAGACUGGUUCCCCAAAGCAGAGCUAGCCUGAAUGGCAGCUGAGAGAAUGGAUGGGAAAUCAAGAGGUAUGUCCUUAUACGGGCAACACCGUGUCCUCCAGUGGUGACGGGCUCACCCAGUUCCCAAAAAAACAACAACAUACUGACGAACCAAAAGACUGGUUUAGGUUAGUGUUACGUUUUUAAUACACAUUUUAAUUCCAUCUUUCAUCACGCCGUAUUCUCCCCGAACCAGUCUGUAUUUUCCUUGAAGGGAUGGAGGAGAAGACGGUAGAAGUCUAGUUUGGCAUCAUUAAGUUGUACAGAAAUCUGUGGCCUUGAGACAAAUAUUAUUAUCCAAUAUUCGCUGACCAUACACACACUAAAAGUAAUUUAAAAAAAAGAGAGAUAUUAACCUGUUUUCACUGUGGGUAAGAAACAUUGUCUGGCUAUAUAGGGACAAAGGGAAACAGGAGCCAUAAAUGAGCAGAAGCCAUAUUUAUAGCAACACGUGUGUGUGUGUGUGUGUGAACACACAGAUUUGCACAGAGCAAAUGAAUAGCCCAUCCAGGAAUUCACAGGCUGAAUCUCCUGAUUGUAUCUAGUUAUUUUUUUACUUUGCCACGCGCAUAAUGAUCCGGCAAAGGUUUGGCCACGAGUGCUGUGCCACACGGAAGCGCUCAUCUUUUAGAUUUGUUUUGCUGUUGCACUGUUUGCAGAAGGGCAUCAAUGGUCAAAAAGAGGCAGACUGCUGGAAGGAAUGAGCUCAGAGGGGAACGCUUCGGGUAUGCGUGACCCUUGAGAUUGCGGAGGAUGCCGUAGUGGAAAUGGUCUGUUAUGGGAUGCAGUUUGAACCGUCAGUCCUGCGGGCGCUGACUUUGCAAAGCAGUUGCUCCUCCAAUACACGACCAGCUCUCCAGAUUCUGUUAAACGCAAACGCGGGGGGCGCACGUCUCGAUCCACGGCUCUGAUAACAUUUCCAUUCUCUCGAGUUCCACCCGUAGUGGUCUCAGAGCGAACACGGUGCCCAACAGAAGCACUUGUAAACGCAGAGGAAGACCCGGAGACCAGAGUGGGCUUUUCUCCUCCCACUCGCUGUAAAUUGCUCUCAUUAUUGUGCCGCUACGACCAUUUUCUAUAGCAUGCUAAUCCGUUGUGAAGAUGAACUGUAAGAACCUUUCUUUUUUUAAAUAUUUUGGUAUCUCGAGCGUACUACGGAGAUGUUUUUUUAUGCUACCGAGUGCACAAGAGUGUUCGCACUUAUGUUGGAGCCGAAUCCUUUUUGGUGGUGUAACGUGUCCAUGGCCUUUGGGCUCGUGAAUCUUUGAAGGGUUUUACACUUUGGUUUUGUUGCCCGACCCGACCAGCGCCGCACGCGGCUCUCACCAAUACAAUCUGAUUUGACGCAGUGAAAUAUUAUUUCCCCCGUAAUCAAUUGUUGUCGCCAGGGAUGUAAGGAUCAUCCAGAUAUGUAUUUUUACAGAUGUGCUUUUAAAACAUUGUAUGGCUUUGGAGGCGUUUUCAGAAUGAGACGCGUGAUCAUGAAUUUAUUGGUGUUCUGAUGAGCCCAUCCUGCAAGUUCUGUACAUACUCAUUCUUGAUUUAGAGCAACAACAAAAAAAAAAGAUGUAUGUAAUGCUUGAAAACUGUUUUAAUGGUAUAUUAGUCUUCUGAUGUAUUUUUGUUGGACCUUUCCUUAUUUUAUUUUUACAUGUUGCACAGACCGUUGAUCAAUUAAACACAUUUCAGCUUUAAAGGUGCUUUCCCUGAUAUUUAUUACAUGUAAUUGAUAUUAAUGCAGUGGUAAUGGGAUUAAUGAUUGAUUUGGCUGUGUGUGUGUGUGUGUGUGUGUGUGUGUGUGAGAGAGAGAGAGAGAGAGAGAGAGAGUAUGGAUGGUGCUGGGAAGUUGGUUGUACUGAUAUUUCUGUACCAGAUGACGCUUUAUUGCUUUAUUUUGUAUUAUUUACUUGUCGUUUGCCGCCUUUGUCUGUUUAUCUGGUAACGGGUUGUUUGUGUUUGAGCAUUUACAUUUUUACUUAAAAAAAAAAAAACUGCUUCUAUUGGUGUUCUUUUGUUGUAGUGAAUUAUAUUUGUCCUGUUUUUGCUUUCUUUUUUUUGAGCGUUACUAUUUUACUGAGAAGCACUGUCACUGAUGUCGUAACUGGGAAUUUUAUCUUUUGCACCAAAGUUUUUUUCUCGGUUGGUGCAAAAUAAACUUUACUUUUAAAGAGCU